UCUUCUCCUUCCUCUCUCGACCUCGCUCUCGCUCACGGCUCACCCUCGCUGGCUCUCGCUUUCUGCCUCCUCAUCUCUUGCUCGUCCGCUCGCGCUUGCCCUCGCUCUCUGCCUCUCUCUUGCUCUCGCUCGGGCUCAGCCCCUCUUGCCUCUCGCCCUCUCUCUCUGCCUGACUGCCUCUCUCUUGCUCUCGCUCGCCUUCGCCCCCACGCUCGCUCGGCCAGUCGGCCUCGGCGCCUCGCCCUCUUGCUCGCUGCCCUGCCUCUGAUUCAGGUCUUCGUUUUACCUCCCCCCCGCCCCCCCCAAACUUCCAGAUUUGCUUCAUUCGACCCCAGAUUCAUUUUUGGGAAAUGCAAUCCUUUUGUGGAAGCAUUAGAUUGAUGAGACGUACAGAGAAGGUUCUACCAUGUGGACGUUUCUUAUUUACCAAAUGCAACCGUUCGAUUUGGAAUGAAGUGGAAGAUGUAAAAUUCGGUUGGAGUUCAACUGAUUGUUCAAAGGGUGUCUACUACCAGACACUGCUGAAGUCCACUUCUCAUUCGCCAUUGUCCUUGAAAAAGCCAAGUAUCAAAUCAGCCUUUUCAUUGCCAUCCAAUAAUGGUGGUACACAUUCAGCAUUGCCAUGCAUGGAUCAUGUAACCGGUCUUUUUCGCCAAUCAAAGGUUCUGCACAUUUUGUCAAGCAGAUGCAUCAGUACAGUGAAUAAUGCAGAUAACUCCAGUUCUCAAGAUGAUUCUGCUACCAGAUCUGGUGUUGCUCCGCGCAUCAAAUUUAAGAGGCUUGAUAAAACAGCCAGGAACAUAAUGAAGAUUCUCGACGAGGAAGCUGUAGAGGAAGUGAAAAAACAAAGAGAAAUACCUGAUAUAAAGCCUGGUUACAUUAUUCAACUCAAAGUGGAAGUACCUGAAAAUAGAAGGCGUGUUUCAAUAUUGAAAGGGAUUGUUAUAGCAAGACGCAAUGCUGGUUUUCAUACUACAUUUAGAUUAAGGAGGCUUGUAGCAGGAGUUGGUGUUGAAUCUCUCUUCCCACUGUACUCACCGAACAUAAAGGAGAUAAAGGUGCUGGACAAGAAGAAAGUGAGGAGGGCCAAGCUUUACUAUCUCAGGGAUAGAAUGAACCCACUUAAGAAGUAGCAAUGGCAAUCAUACUGAUAGUGGGAGGCAAAACAAUGUGUUGCCAAAGUGGUGGGGCUGGAUAGCCUGGAUAAGUAUUUGUAUGUUUAUAGUCCCACCUUUAUUUUCUCAGAGAAUCCGGUUUUUACUGGUCCAUUGUCAAAAUGCCCGCAGAGAAGUAGAAUCAGAAUGGUUGCCUGGGAAGUCGACUUCGGUGAUAAAUAAUAAAUUUAUGUUCAUUGUGUAACCCUUUUCAAAA